AUGCCGGCCACAGUCCUCGAUGAUGCCAGUCGGCUUCGCCAGCUGUGGACGCAGCUGGUGACCGAUGUGACUCCGUCACAGCUUCCCUCGGGGCUCUACUCGAAAAACCCGAUUGAGUCUCCAAUUGGACGUCUCAAUGUGCCCAUGGACAUGGCUGCUGUCCAUGCUUGCUGCCAGCAGUGUGGUGUUUCCCCAUUGAUGGUUGUCCAGGCCGCCUGGACUGCCGUUCUGCGUUCCUAUUCUGGCGCAGACAAUGUGAUGUUUGCUGGCAUUGGCAUGAACCCACGAUCUGCUAAGCAGCCAUGGACAAACACUUCUGUCUGCUUGGCUCGCUUGGAGCAUGACAGCUCCGUUAUCUCUGUCCUCGAUACGACCCGCGAGGAAGGCCUGCUCCAAGCAGAGUCAAUGGUUUCCGUCCCCGAGGCCUUGAGCAUCUUUUCUACAUUAGACCCCAAGCCAUGCAAUUCAGCUAUCUGGCUCAAGAACCCCCAAGUCAAGGCCGAGCUGUCUUUGACCGAUGCUGUCAACGACAGGACCUUCGAUUAUGUCGUCCAGAUUGAUCCCUCGCUGUCCAAAUUGGACCUCGUCUUCUACAAGCCCCAUGUUUCUCGUGCCCAAGCCGAGUACAUCGCCAACACCUUUGCCGAUUACCUCCAGAUCGUUUGCGAGGAUCCAUUCCAAACUGCUUCCAAUGUGUGCCACCCCAGUGAGCUAGAUGCCCUUCAGAUCGAGACCUGGAACCGUAUCCUCCCGAGAGGUAGAAACGUGUGUAUCGAUCAAUUGAUCGAGAAAGCCGCCAAGGAGACUCCAGAUGCCCCAGCCUUGAUGUCUUGGGAUGGAGAAAUGUCAUAUUCUCAGUUUAAUCAGGCUGCUAACAAGGUGGCUGUUUACCUGGAGUCCGCCGGCGUCAAGCGUGGCGAUCUUGUUCCCAUCUGUUUCCAGAAAACCAUGUGGACUAUCGUCACUAUGAUUGCUCUCUGGAAGUUGGGCGCAGCCUGGGUGCCUUUGGACCCUAAGCAGCCCCGGCAGCGACUGGAUACCAUCAUCCAAUCUGUGGAAGCUCGCACAGUGAUUACUUCUGCAUCCAACAAGGACCUUGUUCAGGGACUCGCCUCCCAGCUCCUUGUGCUCGAUCCCUCCUAUAUCCAAAACACGCCCGAGGUUGCUUUCACCUCCCGCUCACAACCACGCGAUACUUCAUUCGUUAUGUUUACCUCCGGAAGCACAGGCAAGCCAAAGGGCGUUGUCCACGACCAUGCUUCUGUGGCUUCCAGCGCACUGCAUCACGCGUCCGCCAUGAAUAUCUCUAAUAAUACUCGUGCCCUCCAAUUCGGCGCCUACACAUUCAUUAUCAGCACAUUUGAAAUCUUUACUACCCUAAUCUUUGGUGGAUGUCUCUGCAUUCCAUCUGAUCAUGACCGACACACUGAUAUUCGGCCCGCCAUCCGCUCUUUGAAUGCCAACUGGGCCAUCUUCACUCCCAGUUUCGCCCGCUCUAUCCACCACGAAGACAUUCCCUCUUUGAACACUCUCAUUGUGGCCGGUGAGGCUGUGGCGCAAGAUAUCAUCGAUCGCUGGGGCCCUGUUGCUCAACUAAUUAAUAUCUACGGUGCCUCCGAAUGCAGUGUCGUUAUGAUCGGUCGCAUGUACGCCGAUACACCAAGGAGUUGCAUUGGUAGAGCCACUGGAGGUCUCUCAUGGCUCGUUGAUCCCAACGACCAUGACCGUCUGGUACCCAUUGGCUCCAUCGGUGAGCUUGUCAUCGAGGGCCCUACUCUGGCCCGUGGCUACCUCGCAGACCCCGAAAAGACCAAGGCCGUCUACAUUGAAAACCCGGAAUGGGCUCGCCAGAAUGGCAUCACUCGCCGCUUCUACAAGACUGGUGAUUUGGCUCGCUAUGAUGACCAAGGUCGUGUCCACUUGAUCGGCCGAAAGGACUUGCAGGUGAAAAUUCGGGGUCAGCGUGUCGAGCUAACAGAGAUUGAGGCUCACAUGCGUGCUAUCAAUAACACCGUUAAGACCGCGGUCGCCAUGAUUUCCCCGGCUGGCAAGCCAAUGCUGGCUGCUUUCAUCUCCAGCAAGAGUGGAUUUGGGCCUGAGUUCCCUCACGAAUUCUCUUCUUCUCCAGCUGAUAAGACAUCCGUGGUUGCUCUUGCUGCUCAGAUGAGCGACGAGCUCAGCAAGCAAUUGCCAUCCUAUAUGAUUCCUUCGGUCUUCCUCCCCUUGGCUUUCAUGCCCCUGACUGCCUCUGGAAAGACUGACCGUCGUCUCAUCGCUUCCUUCGGUGACGGCCUUACCUUGAAUGGACUCGCCGUUGCCGCCGGCAAUACCACCUCCACUGAGCGCCGCAUGCCUAAUACCCCGGCUGAGUUUACCCUCCGUCAAAUCUGGUCUGACAUCCUUCACUACCCCGUGGAGGACAUCGCUGCCACCGACAACUUCUUCCACUUGGGAGGUGACUCAAUUGAGUCCAUGAAUUUGACUCGCCGUUGCCGUGCUGGUGGUUUCCAGCUUCAGGUUGGUGAUAUUUUGGGUAACUUGGUUCUGAGUGAGAUGGCCAAGACCAUGGUACCUACAACUGCAUCUCAGGUCCCUGUGGUCGCUCCAUUCGAGCUGCUUGAUAAGGACACCACCACCGUCCAUGCCAACAUCGCCUCUGCUACUGGCAUGCCUUCUAGCAUCAUUCAGGAUGCUUACCCCUGCAGUCCUCUGCAGGUCGGUCUGAUGGCUCUGUCCAGCAAGGUCCCUGGCUCUUAUAUUGCUCGCCAUACUUUGGAGCUUCCCAGCACUGUUACUGUCGACAAAUUCAAAGAACAUUGGGAGCAAAUCGUCACCAACAACGAUGUCCUCCGAACCAGAAUCGUCGAGACCGAUGAGUACGGUACCGUCCAGGUUGUCGACCGCGCUCAUGUCGAGUGGAUUCAUGGCAUAGACUUAGAAAGCUACAUGGAAUCAGACGAGAAGUCUCACAUGGGUAUGGGAAAUGCCCUUGUUCACCACGGCAUCAUUACUGGUCCCACCAACACCUUUGUAUUGACUAUCCACCACUCUAUCUACGAUGGAAUGUCCCUGGAGAUGAUGUUCAAUGACCUUGUUCAGGCCAUUGAGGGUAUUAUGCCGCCUGUUCGCACUCAAUUCCGUGACUUUAUCCAACACACGAUGCAGAACAAUGCUGACAAGGCCACCGAGGAGUACUGGCGGAAGGAGCUCUCUGAGGGUGACAUGACUACCUUCCCAACUCUCCCCUCUGCCACCCACCAGCCUCUGGCCAACGAGUCAUUCGUCCACAACCUCAAGCUCAGCCGCAAGGGUCCUUCCGACUUCACUACUGCAACACUCAUCCGUGCUGCUUGGUCUAUGGUGCAGGCACGUUACUGCGAUGCCCCAGAGACCGUGUUUGGCUGCACUCUUAGUGGAAGAAACGCCCCUGUCCCUGGCGUUGAGGACAUUGUAGGUGCUGUGAUUGCCACAGUUCCCAUCAAGGCUCAGAUCAACGGAGAGCAGUCCGUCACGGAGUGGCUCCAGCGUGUCAAUGCGCAGUCCAUCGAGAUGACACCUGCUCAGAAUUAUGGUCUUCAAAACAUUGCACGUGUUGCAGAAGGUGCCGCUGCUGCUUGCAACUUCCAGACCUUGCUUGUCAUCCAACCCGCAACUUCAAUCUCCGAGGACAGCCUCAUGCAGCCUUUCUCCGCCCCCAAGGCCAACUUCAGCACCGUUGCUCUCACUCUCGAAUGCAGCCUCGCCACUGAUGGCUCCAUUGAGAUCCAUGUCCACUUUGACAACGCUGUGCUGUCGCGUCCCGAAGUGAUUCGCAUUGUUGCCCAGUUCGAGCAUGUCUUGCAGCAGCUCGUCUCAUCCUCCGCUGACAAGUUGGCUGACAUUGAGGUGAUCAGCCCGGCUGACAAGGAGGACCUCCUCAAGUGGAAUGCCUCGAUUCCAGAGACAGUCAAUGACUGCAUUCACAGCCUUAUCUCGCGCAACAACUUCUGCCAGCCUCAGGCUCCUGCUGUCUGUGCUUGGGACGGUGAUCUGACUUACUCCGAGCUUGAGACCUUGUCAUCCAAGCUCGCCGCCCAACUGAUCCAGUCUGGUGUUGGACCUGAUGUGUUUGUUCCUCUCUGCUUUGAGAAGUCUAUGUGGACGAUCGUUGCCAUGCUCGGUGUUAUGAAGGCAGGUGGUGCCUUCGUAGCCAUGGAUGCCUCCCAGCCUACUAGUCGUAUGCAGCUGGUGGCCAAGGAUGUCAACGCCCGUGUCAUGUGUCACUCCGAGGAGCAACUUGAUCGUUGCCCAGGCUUGGUCGAGAGAGCCAUUGCCGUUGGCCCUGGACUCCGUGAUCACAGCAUCCCUGGGACACCUCCUACUCCCGUAGCUCCCACCCAUGCCGCCUAUGCUAUCUUCACCUCUGGCAGUACUGGUGCUCCCAAGGGCUCUGUCAUCGAGCACCGCGCCUUCUGUACCGCUGCCCUUGCCCACAAGGAGGGUCUGCAGAUGGGUAGCCGUGUACUGCAGUUCGCUUCUUAUGCGUUCGACGCCAGUAUCCUCGAGAUCCUGUCAACUCUCGUGCAGGGUGGCUGUGUUUGCGUGCCCUCCGAGUCUGAGCGUCGUGGAGACAUUGCCGAGGCAAUGACUCGCAUGAGCGUCAACUGGGCUGUGCUUACCCCGUCAUUCGUCAACACCAUCGAGCCGAGCACUGUCCCCACCCUUGAGACUCUGGCUUUGGCUGGUGAGGCUAUGAGUGCCGCCCACGUUGCCGCAUGGACACCAUAUGUCCGCCUGGUCAAUGGGUAUGGCCCAUCGGAAUGCUGCGUCUGCACGACUUCCAACCGCAAAGUUGUUCCUGGCACGCUACCCAACAACAUUGGUACUUCCGUUGGCUCCGCCAAUUGGAUCACAGACCGUGAGGACCAUAACAAGCUUGCUCCCAUCGGUGCCAUUGGUGAACUCCUUAUCGAGGGUAACGUCCUGGCUCGUUACUACCUGAACAACCCGGAGAAGACUGAGGCUGCAUUCAUCGAGCGUCCUUCGUGGCUACCAUUCAACCGCUGUGAUCGCUUGUAUAAGACUGGUGAUUUGGUCAGAUAUGCUGCCGACGGAUCCAUUUUAUUCAUGGGUCGCAAGGACACACAGGUCAAGAUCCGCGGCCAGCGUGUUGAGCUUGGUGAGAUCGAGUACCACAUCGCUCUCCCAGCCGAUGUCUCACAGGCAGUUGCUUCCUAUCCUAAGAACGGUCUGUAUGCGCACAAGCUGGUUGGUAUCCUUGAGCUUGCCUCGACAGCAGGCUCUGAUCUGACCGCUGUGUCCAGCGAGGACUUCGAAAAGUCGGGCUUUGAUCUUCCUGCCCUGACUCAACAUCUUUCGGAGACCCUGCCUGUGCAUAUGGUUCCUGUCAUCUGGAUUGUCGUGCACAAGAUCCCCAGCUCUUCUUCCACCAAGAUUGACCGCAAGGUAGUGGACCAGUGGCUCGCAAAGUUGCCUUCCGACUUUGAGCCCACCUUGGGCACUAAGCGUGAGGGCCCUACCACCUCCAACCUACGGGCUGAUGAGACCAAGGCUCUUGCUAUUAGCAAGAAGAUCGAUAACCUUGUCAGCCGGGAGGAUACCCCUCUGGAGGGCCGUGAUUUCAACAUCGCCUCCAUGGGUAUUGAUUCCGUGCAAGCCAUCAGCUUGGCCAGUUUCAUCAAGCAACACUACAGCGUCAAGGUCGAUGUGGGACGUCUUCUUGACGGUCAUAUGACCGUUCGUGGGCUGUCUGCAUUGAUUGACGCCGAGCUUUCCGGUGAAGUCCAAGAGGAGCUUCCCGCCUUUGACGCGAUGAAGGAAGCCGAUGCUCUCUUCAAGGACAUCCUUGCCAAUACUUUGCCACAGAAGACCGUCUUUGUCACGGGUGCAACUGGAUUCCUUGGAACACAGAUCUUGCGUCAAGUCUGUGACCGUCCCGAUGUUGGACGCGUCAUUGCCCAUGUCCGCGCCAAGAGCCCAUCGGAUGCCUUCAACCGGGUCAAGGAUGCCGCUGUUCGUGCUCAAUGGUGGUCUGACUACUACUUGAGCAAACUCGAGGUCUGGUCGGGUAACCUCGCCGCACCCCGUCUAGGCCUGGAUCCGAAGCAGUGGGGAUCGCUCAGUGGUAACAGCCCCAACGAUGGUCUUGUUGACGCCAUCAUUCACGCUGGUGCGGCUGUUAACUGGAACGCCGGUACUGAGGUCCUCCGAGCUGCCAACGUCGGCUCUACUACCGAGCUCAUCAAGGCUGCUAUCAGCUCCCCGGCCCGUCCUCGUAUGUCCUACGUUUCCGGUGGUUCUCGCUGGCACGUGAAUGAGACAGACCAGGAGAUUGCCAACGAGAUUGCGCAUGCCAAUGGAUAUGCCCAGACAAAGUACUUGUCUGAGCUGUUGGUUAAGCAGUUUGCCAAAACCCACCCCAAUCAAUUUGGUAUUGUGAAGCCUGGCUUGAUUCUCGGUACUCCUGAGGAAGGUGUUGCCAACACUGAUGACUUUGUCUGGCGGUUGGCAUCGGGAGUUGUGGAUGCCAGUGCCUUCAGUGAUGACUAUGGUAACGGCUGGAUGUACGUGACUAGCAGCACCCGCGUUGCUGAAGAAUCACUCAAGCAGGUGUUCUGCCCACCUGAGGAAAUGAAGACUGUCACCUUCAUGACCGAGGGUAUCACUGAGCGUGAGUUCUGGGAGAUCUUCCAUCGCGAGCUCAAGUACCCUCUGCGCAAGGUGGACCACAACACCUGGCUGGAGACCAUGCGUGACUCUAUCCAAAAAGAUACCAACUCACACCCUCUGUGGCCCGUCGCGCAGGUCUUUGACGCACUUGAGGGUCGUCUUGGUGGUGAUGUUACGCUCGAUCCGAACAUGGUAUCGCCAUCACAAAAGCAACACGUCAAAGCCACGGUGCGGCGCAACGUGCAAUUCCUCGUUGAGGCAGGCUUUAUUGCCAGUCCUUCAGGCAAAAAGAUGAAGUAUAUGGCCGAGAAGGUGUUCCAGCGGUCUGGAAAUGUUUGGGAGAACGUGAAGAGGAUGACAAUCACAGGGAACUAA